GUUUAGUUUUCGUUGUUGAUUCGUUUAGUUAUUAACUUACACGUUUUUUUUGUUGUUAUAUAAGAUCUGCGCAAAUGGCUCGCAAAUAUAGAAAAAAAAUUGGUGCUCGGUCUUAUAAAAAUUACUCAGAUGAGAUUUUAGAUGAAGCACUCGAUAAAAUUGCCAAUGGCGAGAUUUCAAUAUUAGCUGCUAGUAAGGCCUAUAAAAUUUCCUAUGGAACAUUACAUAAUAGGUUCAAUGGCAAGCAUGGAAAUAAGUGUGGGCAUCCAACAAUAUUUAGUGAACAAGAAGAAAUGUCUUUUCUUACAGCUGCCAUGAAGUGUGGAAAAUGGGGCUUCCCACUUACGCUAAUGGAUCUUAGAGUCAUUGCAAAAUCUUAUUUAGAUAGAAAAGGCAUUGUGGUUGAAUCAUUUUCAAAAAAUCUUCCUGGUAUAGAUUGGGCACGUAGUUUGUUAAAGAGAUAUAAUAAUAUAGUUUGUCAACGUGUAGCAACCAAUAUUGCCAGAUGUCGUGCAGAAGUCUCUCCCCAAUGUAUUUCAGAAUAUUUUGAUAAUUUGCAACAAGUAAUUGAACAUGUACCACCUCAAAAUAUUUAUAAUUAUGACGAAACAAAUUUACAAGAUAAUCCAGGAAAAAAAAAACUUAUUUUUCAACGUGGAAUAAAAUAUCCUGAACGUGUACAAAAUCAUUCUAAAUCAGCUACAUCUAUUAUGUUUUGUGGUUCUGCAACCGGGAUUCUUUUGCCACCAUAUUUCAUAUAUAAGGCAAAUGAAAUGUGGCAGCCAUGGACCGAAGGAGGACCAAAAGGCGCACCAUGUU